AUGUCAAUAAUCUUGCCCGGAGAUAAGUUCCCCGUUAGCAGAAAUCAUGACGAAUCGAUCGAUAUAACUUUAGGACCAGGACUCUAUAAAAGUGUUAAUUCAGAUACAAUUUUACCAGUGCAAGCAGGAAUCUUUCAAAGUAAACCUAUAAAGAAACAACAACAAUUAUAUUAUAUUGAUAGUAAUAGUCGGCGAUACAUUCCUCAAACCAAUGAUUAUGUGAUAGGAACAAUUGUGGGGGUUGUAGGAGGUGAAAGUUAUAAAGUAUCACUACAAGAUUUUUCUAGUUGUGUAUUAUUAUCAAUGAUGGCAUUUCCUAAUGCUACAAAGAAGAAUAGACCAAAUUUACAAAUAGGACAAAUAGUAUAUGCUAGAGUAUCUAAUGCAGGUAAUGAAAUUGAAACAGAAUUAGAAUGUAUAGAUCCAACUACUGGUAAAGAUGGAGGAUUUGGAUUAUUAGAUGAAUCUGGUUACUUAUUUUCCAUAACAAAUUUAAAUUUUACAAGAGAAUUAUUAUUCAAUUCUGAAUCUCCAGUACUUCAAAAGCUCAGUACUCGAUGUAAAUUUGAAAUUGCUAUUGGGAUUAAUGGUAAAAUAUGGAUAAAAUGUGGUGAUGGACUUGUAAUAAAUAAGCUGGAUGUUGAUAUGGAUAUUGAUGAAUCCAGUACUAAUAAUAAGAAUUCUACUACAAAUAUAAGUUCUAAAAAAGAUAUAUUAGUUACUUUAGCAGCUGUAAAAUACCUUACUGCUUGUCAACACAAAUCACCUGACCAGAUAGAUACAGUAUUAACUCAAUCAUUUAUAAAUAUAUAG